UCUUACCCUUUAAUUGUCACUUUAAGAAAUAAAAAUUAUGCAUCUGCUGGCAAGAUGUCAAGUGCCCAAUGGAUACUUGAUGAAAAAGAGUUUGCUAGUAAAUUCAAUGAGAAGACAAAAUUAUUAAUCCUAAACACUCCAAGCAACCCUGUUGGGAAAGUUUUCCAUCAAUCUGAACUGGAGAUGAUAGCUGCCUUAUGUAUAAAGCAUGAUGUAUUAUGUAUUUCUGAUGAAGUUUAUGAAUGGCUCACUUAUGAUGGAAAUAAGCAUCUCAAAAUUGCCACAAUUCCUGGAAUGUGGGAGAGAACUCUAACCAUUGGCAGUGCUGGAAAAACAUUUUGUGCAACUGGCUGGAAGACUGGCUGGACAAUUGGACCUGCUGAACUUAUUACUUCUGCUAUGGUUGUACAUCAGAACAGUGUUUAUCAUGUACCAACUGUUACACAAGAAGCUGUGGCAAUAGCUUUUGAGUGGGAACUACAGCAUUUGAACACACCCAAGUCCUAUUUUCAGUCACUGUCUCUUGAAAUUACAAGGAAGCGUGAUGCUUUAGCAGAUGUAUUACUUGAUCUUGGUAUGCAACCAACUGUUCCAGAAGGUGGAUUCUUUAUGUUGGCUGACAUCAGUUCUCUUGGUAUCACUAUUCCUGAUGAUGGUACUGAUGAUCCAAAAGAUUUCAAGUUUGUACGAUGGCUGAUAAAAGAGAAGCGUUUUGCUGCAAUUCCUCCCUCAGCAUUUUAUAGUUUUGACCACAAACAUCUGGGAGAGAAAUAUAUUCGCUUGUGUUUUAUGAAGGAGGAUGAAACAUUGGAAGCAGCAAUUAAGAUACUGAAGGAAUGGAAAAAGACCCUGAAUCAUUGAUAUGACUUUUUGCUUACUAAUAUCAUUUAACAACUAAUUCAGAUCAAUAAGGUUACUAAUCCAGUUUAUAAU